AUGGUGAAAUGGUGUGUUUCUAUUGAAAAGACUUCUCCUCCAUCUGUUGAUGAUAUUGAAUCUGAUCAGAUAGAAGAAGAAGCUGUUGAUUCAUCGGUAGAAAUAGUCAGCUCUGCAGUAAAUGAUUUAUCACUUAGUGAAUCGGAUCCAUUACUGUAUGGUACACCUAAUAAGAGAGGUCAAAUAUCUCUUAAUCACCUUUUGAACUUUACCUUUCCACCAAGACAAUCUUUUAACCAUACACCUCGAAGACAGAGAGUAACCAAUUAUCAACCUUACAAUAAAGAACGUUUUGUAAAUGCCAACUUCCGAUUUAUUAUUAAACCAACUGGAGAUUAUACUGUUUAUCUAGUUGAUCCUGAUAUUUUACUUAAUUGGGAUGAUAUAGUACAAGUGAUUAUUACUACUCAUAGUACACCCAGUUGUCCAAUAUGUUUACAACAACCAACUGCUCCUCGCGUAACUAAAUGUGAUCUUAAAAGUGUAAGGUUUUGGACUGUUAGGACUAUUAGUAAAGUAGGUUAUGCUGGAUUAAUCGAGGGGGAAGAAACAAUCAAUAUGCGAUUAAUCCAAAGACAGAUGAAUUCUACUAUUGCACUCCCACGAUCAAGAAAUUGGCUAUUUAAAAAUUAUGAUUCAUCAAAUCAUAAUACUAUUAUCAAUACCAAUAUUUCUGCACCAUGGCAUUUCACUCCAAAUGCGCUGGUAUUUUCUAAGUUGAUGCUUGCUUCUUUUGAUUAUAUGCAAGAAGAGUUUAAUCGAGAUUUAAAAGAACUCGAUGUAACAUUAAACGAGGCCAAAAUUUUAAGUUAUCAUGAUGAAAUUCCAUUUCUUGAGAUUGCUAUUGUUAAUACCCAGGAUCAAUUAGCAUUGCUUCAAGAAUCAUAUUCGACGGUUCAUCUUUUGGAGGUAGAGCAACAAGCCAUUGAGAUGUUUAAUAAAUCAAAGCUUUUAGAUCUCAUUACCACCGCCACUACGGUUCCUGAAACUGACCAAAAAUCCUCGCCAAUAGUAAAUUCUCAGGAUUUUCAAAAUAGUGAAAAUGAAGUUAAUAUAUCAACUUCAUCACCCUCAUCCUCAUCCUGGUUGCCUAAUACAUUUAAAGAUACACCACAAACACAACCACCACCUUCAACGCCUACUUCAACAAAAUUAGAUUAUAAGCUGAAGUCAAAAUCCACUACUAAUUCUCAACAACCUAUAAUUUCUAGUGAUAGUGCGUACUAUUUUUAUCAGUCGGAAGAUGGUCAAAAUGUUUAUUUACAUCCAUUGGAUAUUCGUAUUUUGAAAUAUGAGUUUGGAACAUAUGAACAAUUUCCAAACGAGAUUUCAUUUCGCGUUAUAAGUGUUGAUGAAUCAACAAUGACUGAAGAACUUCGCAAAAAAUUUAAAUAUUUGGGACAUUUGCCUUUGAGUUGCGAUGUGACAUUUUUAGAGGUUGAUUUGAAAGGUGUUGUCUCUGAUUCAACGUUGAAAAUUUUUUCAAAUGAACUUCAACAACGUCUUAAUCGUCGCAAAGAAAAGGCUAGAAAAGAAAAAAGGUUACAAGAUCAAGCAGCCAACAAAGAAUCUAAACAAGAAAUUAUAGAUUCAGAUCCAUUUUUUCAACAACCUUCAUAUUCUUAUGUUUGGGGAACUCCUGCAAUUACAUUUGCUGGAAUAGCUGGUGGAAGACAUUCAUCGGCUGAAGAAGAAAACCAUGAAGUUGAAGAAAAUAAUUGGGAUUUUCAUGAAGAAGAAGUAUUUUUUGGCAAAAAAAAUAAAAAGAAAAAACUUAUAUUGAUGUCUACUAGUGGUAGAAGGCAGCGUUAG